AGUGGUAAUAAUGGCAACGAAUGCGAGUGAAGAGCCAAAUGCCACGACAUCUUCGGGUGAAGGAGUGGUAACCCCUAAGAGACAACCCAUAUGUGUGAUAGUGUUAGGAAUGGCCGGAAGCGGUAAAUCGACUCUUUGUGGCCGACUUUGCGGACACCUCUUCAGCCAAAAGUCGAUGCCAUAUGUCGUGAACUGCGAUCCGGCGGUCGUGUCCACCCCUUUCCCCACCAAUAUUGACAUCAGAGAUACAGUCAAUUACAAGGAAGUGAUGAAACGAUACAAAUUAGGUCCCAACGGAGCCAUCAUCACGUGCCUCAACCUCUUCGCCACACAAUUAGAUCAAGUGAUCCAAUUGGUAGACAAGAGGGCCGACGCUUACGAAUAUGUGUUGUUUGACACCCCGGGACAGAUAGAGGUGUUCACGUGGUCGGCGUCGGGCGCCAUAAUGACGGAAGCGUUGGCCUCACGGUUCCCGACAGUGAUUGUCUACGUGUUGGACACCAUCCGCAGCGAGAAUCCGAUCACUUUUAUGUCAAAUAUGUUGUACUCGUGUUCUGUUGUCUAUAAAUACAAACUUCCGAUUAUUAUAGCAAUGAAUAAAUGCGAUGCCAUUGACUGCAAGUUUGCCAUCGAUUGGAUGAAAGACUGGCAGCUGUUCCAGGAGGCCAUCGAGAAGGAGACCUCCCAUAUGGCUAACCUCACCCGAUCCAUGUCCCUCGUGUUGGACACCUUCUAUGAGAACCUGAAGGCUGUGGGCGUGUCGGCCACCACUGGCCAGGGAUUAGACCAACUCAUAGAUGCCAUCAAAGAGGCGGCCGUUGAGUACGAAAGGGAUUACAGACCAGAGUAUGAGCGCAUCAAACGUGAGGCACAACUGGCGAGAAACAAACAGAGGGAACAACAGCUCCACAAAGCCUCCCAUAAGGAAGACCUGAUCACGUUUGGCGACCCCUCAGCCACCGCUCAUAGGGAUCGCCAUGAGGACAGCGACUCUGACUCAACGCCUGACCCCCUCAUGGAUGCCGAUCAACCCGAAGACGAAAACGAAAAGAAAGAAUACGAAGACUUCAAGAAAUCAUUUUUAUCUCAAAAGUCGACCCAAAAUUAA